ACGACAGUAAUAUACAUAAAUAUUACCAAAUUUCUUUAUUAAUGUACUUGUUUUACUUUCACUUAAUAGGUUAAAACAGAUAGGGCCCAAAAAAAGCAGCGCCGCCAAUCCACUUCUUGUUGUAGCGAAACAAGUGGACGCAAACAAAGCAGCUCCAGCGCUCUGUCAUCAGAAAGCUGGUGGCGAGCCGCGGUCCGUGUCCCAAGUUCGCGGUUUGUCAUCCUCGUAGCGCAUGGCAGUGGCGGCGGCUGCGGCCGGUGCUGAGAUGGCCAUGUACCGUCAGAAGCGUCCCAACUGGACCGAGGACGAGCGGCUGCGACUUGUGCAAGAGAUCGGCGAGCGCAUCGACGUCAUACGCGGCAAGCUGGGUCCCUCACUGACACUUCGCGCCAAACGAUCUGCCUGGACCGCAGUGCAGCAGGCACUGAACGCAGGCAAUGACACCCACACGCGCUCUGUGCCCGAGAUCAAGAAGCAGUGGAGCAACCUCGUGCAGAGGUGCAAGCACCGCGUAAAUGCGCACAACCGCGGCACCAGUCGGCAAGGUGAGAAUGGGCGUUCCUUGGAUUUGUCUGUGGUGGAGAGAACCAUACUGGAUGUCAUAGGUGAUGACUGCUCAUAUGCUGACUUCCUUGAUGGCGCUGGCCCUGAGAUCUCUGGUGACGUUGAUGGAAGCCAAGACAACGGCCUCGGUUCCUCUGAGGACGAGACACUGAUCCAGUCACUGGACUCCAGUGUGCCAGAGUGGUUUUGGAAGACAAGCGCCCGAGCCUCGAGUGCCGCAUCUGCGUCCGCAGCGCUGUGCACUAUCCGCCCCUCUGCGGACGGUUCCGUGGCCGCCGCUGUCCCCGUGAAGCGGGAGCACAGUGACGAUGACGAACACCCAUUGUCCACCGAGUGCGUGACAGCCGAGUUCGAAAUGGACAAUGACCAUGACGAAGUUGCCGAGACGUUGGGCAUUGUUUAUGAGCGGCCAGCUACCGCUGCUGCCUCCAGCAAGCAGCUGGCGCCCCGGCAGGCAACAUGCUCACAGAUGGGUCCCGGGCGUCGGCCAGUCGUGACGCCGCAGCAGAGACAGACGCUGCCACCGCCGCCGCCUCCUCCACCUCAACUUCCAGCAAGUCCCACAAGACGUCAACCCAGAGACCCCAACCCAGAGACUGGUGGUGACGGCGAAGGUUCCGGAAACCACUGCAACGAGAAUGCGGGAGACGAUGAUUUGGCGACCCUGCGCAAGACGUUGCUCAUGGAGCAGAUCAGGGCCGCCCGGGAGCAAGCCCGGGCAUUUCAGGCUGUUGCCUCUGCCGCGCAGGCCGUCAAAGACUGCGUUGCAAGGGCUGCCAAGUCUCAUGUGCACACAGAAAAGGUGAAGCGCAGAAAGCUGACACUGCAGAUCAAGAAGAUGGCAGAAUGACGCAGCUGGCAAAGGUGGAAAGUGAAGAAAGGAUGCAGCUGAUGUCUGGUCAUUUCAUUGCCUUGAGGAUGUAUCAGCGUCCAGUUCAUACGUCACAAAGUAAAAAUGUGCCUCGUGCCUAUGGUUUUGGAUUGUGGCUACGGAGCCGUGGCGGAGGUGUCCUUCUGGUGAUCACAUUCUCAGGGAUUCCCAGCCCACCACUGGGAACAGUGUUCCGAGAUUCUGAUGAUCAUGAGUGCCCAUAGUGAGAGAUCCAUAUCUAGCUAGAAGCACUUGAGCUGUGCUACAAACUUAGUCUGGAGCCGUGCCUAUUGUGCCCUUUGUGUGGUUGCUUUUAAAGUCAUCCCCACAAUUUCUUAUUUUUUCUUCUUGUAGGCACCUUUUUGUUUCAAGUUGCUUGUCUUGUGAAUUGCCUCUAUGUUGCCAAGCUCUAUUACUUUUUCAGUCAUCAUUUCGAUGUUAAAAAUACAUUCACAUUCCUCGUGAGCCUGUCAGGUUUCUUCAAGUUAUCACUUGUGUAGGAUUCCCUCAUAUUGACCAUUUAUUGAAAGAAGUAAUGCAAUGUGAAGAAUAAAUAAGACAGUUCCUUAGCAUCUACUUAUGCGACACGCAAAUUGUAGGUGCUGGUGGGUACAUUCAGAGACUGUUGAUAUUUUGACAUUCCCAUAUCCUGUGCUCGUGGUGCCUUGAAUGUACAUGUGCUUUUCUAGGCAUGAUGCCAGUGUUUUGCUUGUGGUGCAGUGAUGUUAGGAACUCGGGCCAGCCAGGAAAUAUGGCACUUUACUGUGUGUGUACCACCUUCACUUUGCACACAAUUAACGGAGCAUAAUAUUCACUCAUUGUAUAGUUAGACAUCAGCCAGGAAACAUGGCACUUUACUGUGUGUGUACCACCUUCACUUUGCACACAAUUAACAGAGCAUAAUAUUCACUCAUUGUAUAGUUAGACAUACACCUCACUUGAUGAAACAGAACUUUAGUUUCCCUUUAAUGAACUACUUCGAUUCCCUGGCAUAUAUCUAUAGAAUCAAAGCUUUGAAAACCUUGGAAGGAACAAAACACAAUAUCUUACCAGUUAACAUUGAGAAAAAGAAAUUGGUUUUCUGGAUACCUGUAGUGUUCAAAAUGCAAUGUUUUGCUAGAGCAUUUCAGUGCCACUUGAGGCGUACCGCUUUCUUUUUACAAAACUUUAUGCUGCCAGGGCCCUGGCAUUGCACGCUUUGAUUAGGUUCUGCCAUAUAGUGCCAGCAGCCCAGUUUACAUGGCUGUUGACUGUAGCAUUGAUUUUGGUCAACUACUCCUGAUUUGAUGAAAUAACCGUCUAGUGACGGCAACGUCAUUAAAUCAAACUAACUGUAUGUAAUAAUUUAUGAUCACUAACCGUUUUGCUGAAGGUGGCUGUUUUCACUUACAGCUGAUAUGAGCUUAGAGCCCGCAUCUUUUAUUCAAUGGCCCUUUGCCAUAUAAAUCACACUUCGGGCAGAGUUCACUGUGCAUGCAUGCCUUAGCUUGCAAUUUCUUGAAGGCUGUCAACGUGCUAAGCUGUUGCACUGCCAUGUAAGCCACAGUGCAUGAAAUUAUUAGGUUACAGAAUUCAUAAACGUGGGGACGCUCGACUAAGCGGCACGUUCUUCCUUUAUGCCUUUUUUUCACACUUUAAUGAAGCAUCAUGUUUCCACAACUGUCUGGUAGUAUCUAAUUAUUAGAAGGCUAGAUGUAAAACAAAUUGCAAUGUGUGAAGAAUGCCUGUUUUACUUCUUUUAAUGCAAUAUACAGCACUACAUGACAGAUGCAGGAACUUAGUACAGUCAUUGACUCAGGGCUGCGACGUCUGUGUGAUCUUCUUGGUAAAUGUAGUAGCUCACAAAUGCUUUUAUCAAGACAUGGCACCUCACAUUGUGAUAUACAAAACUUAGUUGCUUGGCUAUGGCUUUGGUGUUCAACACAGUCCACAGAAAUUCCUUACCGGAGGAAACCAGCAUGCAUGUAGUCAUGGCUACUCCACAAAAGAAAAAUAAUAUUCAGGCUCAGUCAUUUUACAAGGCAUACAAUUGUAGGACACAUCAUCGUGUGGUUGCACUUCCUAGGCUCAUGCAUUGCCUUGGAAGUUUGCAUGACACUAAUGAUGAAAUUAUUUUUCCCCUCCUCUUUAAACUUCUACGUAUGGGUGGGUUUCUUAAAUUUGUCUAAAUCUUUUAAGGAGGAGAUAAGGUUGGAUCAGAAGUAUGCCAUUUUAUAGUGUUGGUUGUGAUUUGGUCUUUCAGAAAUGAGUUAUUUAUCCUGGCACUCCUCCUAAUUUUGAAGGUAGUUUCAUAAGAUGAAGACUGCUCUAUUAACAUGUGGAGAAUGCUGCAAAUUAAUGUAGAGGUACUGUUCAGUAUUAGAUGUUUAUUAAGUGCAUAGCAUGUUGACUCUUAAUUAUUUACAUAUGACAUGGUUGAUAAUCAUUUGCUGUAAUUCGUCCCCAUUGUUGCUGAAUAGGACAAUGUCAUCUGCAAGCCAAAUGUUGCUGAGAUAUUCACCGUUGAUUCUCACUCCUAAGCAUUACCAAAUCUUGACUGAGAGAUUACCACUGUCGUUGAAAAUAAAAGUGUACGAUCAUUGCAUUCUACCAGUGCUAACAUAUGAGGCAGAAACUUGGAGAUUAACAAAUAAGCUCGAGAACAAGUCAAGGACCACACAAAGAACGAUGGAACGAAAAAUGUUAGGCUUAACGUUAAGAGACAGGAAGAGAGCGGUGUGGAUCAGAGAACAAACGGGGAUAGCCGAUAUUCUAGUUGACAUUAAGCGGAAAAAGUGGAGCUGGGCAGGCCAUGUAAUGCGUAGGAUGGAUAACCGGUGGACAUUAGAGUUACAGAAUGGAUACCAAGAGAAGGGAAGCGCAGUCGAGGAUGGCAGAAAACUAGGUGGGGUGAUGAAGUUAGGAAGUUCGCAGGCGCAAGUUGGAAUCGGCUAGUGCAAGACAGGGGUAAUUGGAAAUCGCAGGGAGAGGCCUUUGUCCUGCAGUGGACAUAAAUAUAGGCUGAUGAUGAUGAUGAUGACAUGGUUGAUGGCUUACUGAAAGCGCACUGUGCCCGCAUUCCUGCUUUAGUUCUAGUGUGAAAUUAACCACAGUGUAAAAUUGGAGUUGCUCUUGUGCUGUGUAUCACUUUGCACUGUUCAUUCCCCUAUUUAUGCCUUCAUGAAAUACCUCACAUGUGUGGCUGGCUAAGUGUAGUGAAUUUGUCCAAAUGCUAUGCAAAGAAGGUGUCAAAGUGUUUGUGAAAGGCCUUUUAGUAAUUUCCUAGUGAUUGCUUUACAAAUUGAUACUAACAGCUAAGACAGUCAUU